UAUUCAGGUUACGUCACCUGCUGUUACCUGGUGAAGGGUGUGUGUCUCCCCGAAAUUAACAGUAAAAACACCGGCGUUGUCCCGUUAAAGUUCAGUCAUGGCCAUGUCUCUCUGCGAUGACACACUCCUGUGUAACAUGCCAAAGUGUCGGACCAAGCUGAGCGGCUUCGCCUGGGUCACAGCUUGCUCACAUGUUUUCUGCGAUCAGCACGGGUCUGGUGAGUUCAGCCGUUCCCCCGCCAUCUGCCCAGCCUGCUCCUCUGCUCUGUCUGGGAAGCUGGACAUUAUGAGGAUGGAGCUGUCGCCCUCUGAGGAGUACAAAGCCAUGGUGCUGGCAGGUCUGCGACCAGACGUAGUUCUGGACAUCAGUGCCCGUGCUAUGGCCUUCUGGAGCUAUCAGGUCCAUCAAGAGCGUAUGUAUCAAGAGUACAGUCUGUCACAGGCAGAGGCACAGCUGAAGCAGAUGGAAAAGGUGUUGACCCAGCAGAACCAGAGCAGAGAACUGGAGCUCUCCGCCAUGAGGGGGGAAAUCGCCUCCCUGAAGAAAGUGAUGGAUGAGUAUAAAAGGAAGUACAGCGAGAUGUCGGAGAGGCUGAUGGAGAGGAACAGGCAGUACCAGAAACUGCAGGGGCUGUACGACUCUCUGAGGCUGCGCAACAUGGUGGUGGGUGUGGGGGACAGAGACACGCUGCCCCAGCCACAUCGCAGCUUCAACACUGGGGCGCCUCAGCAGGCAACUCCCAGGAGAAGCCCUCAGUUCCUCUCUGUGGGCCACGAUGGGGACAGCAGAUUGUUCUCCGGCCUGGAGGCCGACGGAGCCCAGACCUUCUUCCAGUACAGCUCACCCGCCAGGGAGAGAGGCCGAACCUUGAGGCACUGAGACAGGAACAGUUUUCAUAGUGACUGUGGCUCAUUAACUUAACUAUUUAUUUAUAUGUUUACAAAAUGUUCUGUUGUUUUAGUAUUAGUGCAGCUGGCAGUGCUUUAUUGUAGUGUGUAUUGUCAUUUUGAACUAUAAAUGUGUUUCUGACUAUUAAUAAAUAUUGGACUGAAAUCCA